ACAUGCCUUGUAGCAGGUUCACGGGUAUUUGCCAGCAUAACAGACGACAGCCAGAGAGAGAGAGAGAGAGCGAGAGCUGGCAAAAGAGUAGGAAAAGAGAGGGAGAGAGUUCAGUGUGUGUCUGCUGGGGAGAAGCACACAGUUAAUAUUCAGAUCUCCAUUAAACAUCUAUGAGCCUCCUUAUAAAGCAGCUGUGCUACUGCACGGGAACCGCGGAGCAAAGGCAAAAAUAUCAGCUUCAGUGUCUGUUAAAUUAUCAGUCUGGCUGAGGACAUACAGUUGAGCUCCAGCACAGUAGCUAGCGACAGCAGCUUUUCAGGAGUCUUUAGAUGCUGAAAAGAGCCGAGACAAAGUGAACAGAGAUCAACCAACUGAACAGAAAAUGGCAGCUGCAGCAGCUCAGGAACUUGAUGAGCGAUGUUUCCUGUCAGCACAGUCCAUGACCAGCCUGAAGGUAUCCGAACACUUCCAGGUGGUAAAGCUGCUGGGAGAGGGAUCCUACGGAAAGGUCAUGUUAGCUGUACACAAGAAGAGAGGAACCCCUAUGGCUCUGAAGUUCUUCCCUCGUCAGUCUACCUCCCUCACCUCCUUCCUGCGUGAAUACAACCUCUCCCUUUCUUACUGCACCCAUCCUUCUCUGACACGGGCUCUCGGCAUCUUCUUUUCCACACCAUCCUACUACGUGUUUGCCCAGCAAGCUGGUCUAUAUGGUGACCUCUACAGUGUGAUAGUGUCAGAGGUCGGGGUGGAUGAAGACUGUGUACAGAGGGUGAUGGCCCAGCUGAGCAGUGCAGUCACACAUCUCCACUCCCUGGGCUUUGUCCAUCGUGACAUCAAACCUGAGAAUAUCUUCCUGUGUGACAGUUCCUGUCGCUGGGUCAAACUGGGUGACUUUGGCCUCGCUCGGGCCAUCGGCUCCACUGUUCGUGCUGUCUGGUACGAGUCGCCCUUCUGUACUCCAGAGGUGGAACCUGCCAAGGCGUGGGAGAGUAGAGAGUGCGAUGGAACUGAAGAGGAGAUGGAGGACAUUUGGAUAACAGUGGAGCCCUGUAUUGACAGCUGGGCUCUUGGCGUACUCGUCUACUGCCUCUUGACUGGCUGCUUCCCCUGGGAGGAGAGCACCCACGACGACCGUGGCUACCGAAGAUACAAGGAGUGGUUUACCCAUGAGGCUGAAAAGGAGGAGAAGAUCAGGGAUGGUGAGUGUACUGGUGAGGAGGAAAUAGACAGUUACACAGUUAUGAAGGAAAACCAAAAGAACAACCCUCCUCCUUCACAGUUUGAGGGCCUCAGCCCUCUAGUGAUGACUCUUUUCAAGGAGCUGCUCCACCCUGACCCUAAACACAGAGGAAGCCCCGAGGAGAUCCUGAGCUACCUGGGAGGACCAUGGCUGAUGGAGACGGAAAAAGAGGAGAAGAGGAAGGCAGAGGAGGCGGAGAAGGAGGCCAGAAAAAUAAGAGAGGGAGGAGGGGUAGCGGAGGAACUGAUGAGGGAAGGAAGAGGGGAGAGAUAAGCAGUGUCUGUAUAAAGUUGUUUCAGUAUAGUUUUUUAAAUGAAUAUAACAUGUUUGACAUUAUGCUGCAAUUAAUUUUGUGUACAAUAAUAAAUCUAACACAAGUAUAUACAUGCUAUAUUUUUCAAUUUUUUUAUAAAUAUGCUUGUUAAAGUAACCAGGUCCCUUGUGUUCCUGUGAGUGAGUGUAUAUAUGUCCAUGUUCGUGUGUCUGAAAUAUAAAGAGUUUAUAGAUAACAUAAUAAAGGUUUGAAGUUUGAAAAUACAAGCUGUAUCAUAGUGCUUAUAAAAGUGAUAUAGGCAAUGUUGUCUAAAUAAAACAAACUACCUGUAUUAACCAA